AUGUCGAAUAGUUUUAUCGGUAGUAAAAUUGCAAUUAUUACAAAAUCUCAAUGCCGAUAUACUGGAACAAUAAUUGGCAUAGAUGCUCAAGCAUCAUCGAUACUUCUUGGAAAUGUUAAAUGCUUUGGUACAGAAAAUCGUGGCGGAAGUUUUUCUAAUAAUCAAAUGCCUGGUACAACUGUACCGAUUAUGCAAUUUGCUAAUAGUGAUAUUGAAGAUUUAAAAAUUGUUGAUGAAGAACAACAAGCAGCAGAAAAUUCAUCCCAAAAACAACAACAAUCAUUACAUUCUAUGCCUGUUUUAUCAUCACCACCAGCAUCAAUGCCUAAAAAACAAUCAUCAAUUCAUGAUGAUCCAGCUAUUGUAUCAGCAGUUGUUAGCUCGUCGAAUAAGGAUUUAUCUAAUUCAAAUCGAUUAUUACAUGAUCUUCAUCAUUUAGGUAUAUCUGAUGAUCAUUCAAAAAAAUUACCAAAAACUGAAGAAUCUCGUCUUCGUACUGAUUCCGGUGAACUUGGUCCAUCAUGGUCGUUAUUAUCUUCAUCAAAAUGGGAUAAUAAUAAAUCACACAGUCAACAACAACAACCGCAUCAACAAUCAAGUAAUAAAAGCAAAUUUUUUGAUGAUUUUUCAUUAAAUAAUACUGAUCAAUUACAAUCAAAUCAUUCUCACCAACAAUGGCCAUCAAAUACACAUUCAACUCAAACAUCACGUCAUCAAAAUGCACCUUUUAAUGAACAAGAAGAUGAUAGUAGUUUACCUGUUCGUCAACCAUUUUUUUCCACUGAUACUCGAUCUUUUUCUCAUGAACUACAACCACAAAAUCGUUAUCAAAAUGGUAAUAUGCAAAAUCAACAAAGACCUUCUUAUAAUAAUAAUAAUAAUAAUCGUCGUCCACCAAUGAAUCAUCAACAAUACCAACAACAACAACAACGACGUCCAGGUGGUGGAAAUCGCGAAACAUUUCAUGAUAAUGGCAAUAGUUAUGAAAAUGAUUUUGAUUUUGAAACAAGUAAUCGUAAAUUUAAUAAAAUAGUCAGUGAAGAUGAACUUAAACAACAACCAGAAUCACCAAAUCAUUUCUUACAUUUAAAUAAUAGUCCCAGUUUAAACGCUGAAUUUGAACCAAUAUAUGAUAAAAGAAAAUCAUUUUUUGAUAAUAUUGCACCUGAAGACUCAGCCGAUCCAUCUGCACCUAUGUACAAUCGUUCUAGAAAUCAAGAUACAUUUGGUAAUGAUAGAUUUCAACGUCAAAGAGGUCGAGGAGCUGCUGGUGGUGGUGGUGGUGGUUAUAGACGAUCAAAUAAUAAUAAUUAUCGACAACAACAAGGAAAUGAGGAUUUUUAUUAUCGACAAAAUAAUAAUGGAUAUAAUUAUCGCUAUUGA